UGUCACAUCCAAAACCAUCCGACGUGAGAGGCAGGGUAGCUGAUGGCUAAACAAACACUGUUGUAUGUUGUGAUGCUAAAUGUUCGUGUAACUUUACUGUGGCGGGUCUUUUUUAAUGACUCUGUCACCAGAGUAACCGUGUGACGUCACUUUUUCUACGUUUGUUUGACGUUACUUAAAGUGACGUUGAAGGUUGACGUAAACAGUGAAGGCUAGCUGUCACCUGUCAGGUUUGACAUUUCUUGGUUUUAUUUUAUUUGACGAUUACGGUGACGUGUUGACAACAGGACUUGUUUCCUGUUUCCUUUUUCACCUCUCACCUCUCAGCUGCUUUCUUUGUCACUUUGCUUCUCUGUGGUGUUUGGAUGAUCUGAGCACUGGAGCUAGCUUAAGAUCAUAAUACUGCCCUUUGAUUUCGAGCUGGAUUGAACGUAUUUAGCAUCAGAUGUGAUCCUUCCUCAUGAAGCUGUCUGACUAACUGGUCCUGCUACCGGCUCGUUGAAACACAGCUUGUGUGUGUGUCAGCAGAGCAGGAUGUCAGACAGUGGGAAUCAGUCCUGUCUGAUGGGAGCAGAGGACACCCUGUCCUUCUUGGUCUGUGUGUUUCGCGCGUUGGAGGACUGGGCCGGCCUGGGUCAGGUGGAGGACUAUCUGAGUGUUUUGGAGUACCUACUGUGGGUCUUCACGCCUUUGGCCAUCGUCUUCAUCCUGCCCUUCCUCAUCGUCAUCCUGCUUUACCUCUCCAUACUCUUCCUCCAUGUCUAUAAGAGGAAGAAUCAACUGAGGGAAGCUUACUGCAACAACCUGUGGGACGGGGCCAGGAAGACUCUGGCUACUCUGUGGGACGGACAUGGAGCCAUCUGGCAUGGCUAUGAGAUUCAUGGGAUGGAGAAGAUCCCAGACAAAGGACCAGCACUGAUCGUGUACUAUCAUGGAGCCAUUCCAAUAGACUACUACUACUUCCUGGCUAGUGUCAUCAUCCAGAAGGGCCGGACCUGCCACUCUGUAGCGGACCACUUCCUCUUCAAGAUCCCAGGUUUUAAGUUGCUGUGCGAGGUGUUCAGUGUGAUUCACGGUCCUCAGGAGGAAUGUGUGCGAGCACUGAAGAACGGUCACCUGUUGGGGAUUUCUCCCGGUGGCGUGCGGGAGGCUCUGUUCAGCGAUGAGACCUACCCUCUUCUCUGGGGCAAACGCAGAGGCUUCGCGCAGGUCGCCAUCGACUCUCAAGUGCCAGUUAUUCCGAUGUUCACUCAGAAUCUGCGGGAAGGCUUCAGAUCUCUGGGAAAUUUAAGAUUUUAUCGCUGGGUGUAUGAGAGGUUUCGUUUCCCUGCAGCGCCGGUUUAUGGAGGAUUUCCUGUGAAGUUUCGAACCUUCCUCGGUGAUCCGAUCCCCUACGACCCCAAUGUAAAUGCUGCAGAGCUAGCAGAGAAAGUGCAGCAGGCGGUCCAGUCUCUGAUAGACCAGCACCAGCAGAUCCCAGGGAACAUCCUGAGAGCCUUACUGGAGAGAUUUCACUCCAAAGUCAAAGACCAUUAACAUCAGCAGCACAAACUGUCCAGAGUGACCAAAACAACGUUCAGGUCAGACGGCCUCAGCGGGCACAGCUUCUGUCGCCUGACAUGUUUGAAUAUUUGCACAACCCCCUCCCCCCCAGAGUGCAGACGCUGAGGGUCUCCUGCAUGCACAUUUGUUGUACUGCCUGUUGCUGAAAUGUAUUUUUGAACCAUUUGUUUUGAAUCUGCUCAUUCCCAGAACUGAUCUGUGUAAGAGUUCCUGGAGGUGUGUUAUUGGACGAGACAAUAAUCACACUUAAAAAAAAAAAUAACACAUGAACAAUAUCUUAUUCCAGUUGUUCCUAAAUCUUUGUCACCAUUAAUUACAGCGUGUUGAUUUGCAGAUGGACCUCAGUUAGACUUCUGGUUAAAUGACACUGGUGUGUCAUGGAUGUUUGAGGAUCAUUUAAUACUCUGAUGAUGUAUCAGGAGGCGUGACAGAGAGAGAGUGAGAUAAGAUGUCUGCUGAUCUCUAAACCUCUCUAAACAUUUAACAAACUCCAGUAUGGCAGAUGAAUCAAAGUGUUUCAAUAACAAGCU